UGGAUCCUUCACCUCUGUCCCCUCUCCCUACUAGCACAUAUAAGAUGCUAGUCACACUUAGGGGAUGAGAGGGGAAGGCAUCUGCAGCAAGAUGGAUGUGGGCAGCAAGGAGGUUUUGAUUGAGAGCCCGCCGGACUACUCAGCAGCUCCCCGGGGCCGGUUCAGCAUCCCCUGCUGCCCUGUGAACCUCAAACGCCUCCUCCUCAUCGUCGUGGUGGUAGUCCUUGUGGUCGUGGUGAUUGUAGGGGCCCUGCUAAUGGGUCUUCACAUGAGCCAGAAACACACCGAGAUGGUCCUAGAGAUGAGCAUUGGGGGACCAGAAGCCCAGCAGCGCCUGGCCCUGAGUGAGCGUGUGGGUACCACUGCCACCUUCUCCAUUGGCUCCACUGGCAUUGUAGUGUAUGACUACCAGCGGCUCCUGAUUGCCUAUAAGCCAGCCCCAGGAACCUGUUGCUACAUCAUGAAGAUGGCUCCAGAGAACAUCCCAAGUCUUGAGGCUCUCACCAGAAAGUUCCGGAACUUCCAGCCCCGCCCUGAUGCCAAGCUGCUGGCCUCAGCUGAGCCUCACCACUUGGGGGCUUCUGACUCCAGCACAGCCCCCUCUUUACUGGUCAAGCCUGCAGUGUCUACCUCUAAGCUGGGCCAGGAGGAGGUCCGUGAUGCUGGCUCAGCAUCCUCUGUGGACCUGGACUUCCUGGGCACCACUGUGAGCACCCUGUGUGGCGAGGUGCCCCUCUACUACAUCUAGAACCCCUCAGGGCCUGUGGACACCCCAAAUGGACAGGAAAGAUCCAUGAGCAAAGGGUCUUUUGCAGAGACGCAGGAAGCUGCUCCUGCCCACACCACAGGGACUGGUGCUGGAGAAAUGGGAGCUGUGGGGAGAGGGGGGAACGGGCAGCGGAGAUGCUCCUGGGGCCAGGGGGCUACUACCAUGAAAGAAUAAAGCAACCCGAUUGAAAAACGAA